UAUAAAAAUGCUAGAUUACCUUGGAAGAGGGAGGGACACAGAUUGUCUACCCCCGUAUUCACAUUCAAUACUCUUUCGGGACAAUGUCGUUGACUCGCCGCUCUGUCGAUAUGCCCUGGCCUCCAGGCACAGUUCGCAUUGAAGAUCUUCAUAGCAAGAACGCCGAUAUUAUCCUACAACCCCAGCCCACAACCGACCCAAACGAUCCACUGAACUGGCCGUCAUGGAGAAAAUAUCUCAACUUCAUCCUCGUGAACUUCUAUGUGCUUCUAGUGUUCGCAUUGAUAAAUAUGGUGACGGUCACUUGGGCCUCCAUGAACCUGGAGCUAGGCUUCAGCUACGACAUCCUCAAUGACAGUUACGCAGCUGGCUGCGGAUCCCUCUGCAUAGGAGGUAUCUUCCUCCUACCAUUCGCCCUGAAAUAUGGCAGGCGCCCUGUCUACAUCCUCAGUCUGGCUGUUCAAUGCGGAAUAGCUGUCUGGUCUGCCAGGGUACAAAAUGUGGCGGAUCUCAUGAUGGUAAACAUACUUGGAUGCUUUGUGGGAGCUCUCUGCGAAGUCAUGAUGCAAAUGACCGUGGCAGACGUCUUCUUCGUCCAUCAGCGUGGUUUAAUGAACAGCAUUUAUAUAUGGGUUCUCACCAUCGGGUCCUCUCUAGCUCCGCUCGCUGCUGGAUACGUCACUGCCUCUCAGGGCUGGCGUUGGGUCUGGUGGUGGACUGCCAUUUUGAUUGGAGUGUUUGUGGUUCUCAUGUUCUUCCUCUACGAGGAGACGAAAUACGAGUGCAAGACCCUCGACGGCUUUCCAACUACCAAUCGCCCUUCCCAGGAUGAUUUCACGGGAUCAGUCAACCAGGCCUUGGAGGAAAAGUCGCCCCCCUCCAAGGAUACCGAGGCGAAUACCGUCGAGGUCUCGCGUCGGGAGUCCCAACUCACCAGAGUCGAGAUUGAUCCUACAAUCCCGGUCAAGCCAUACUGGAAAAAACUGGCGCUCUGGUCUUCCUCGCCGAGAUCGAUUCGAUUCCUAGUCAGACACAGUUACCAGCCGUUCCUCAUCCUCUGGCACAUCCGGGCGGUGCUGUACAUGUCGCUGCUCAACGGAGCCAUGACGGCCGCAGCAAUCAUGCCCAUCACGGUGUAUUCCGUCUACAUGACGCUGCCGCCGUACAAUUUCGAGCCGCAGCAGAUCGGACUCUUGGGGCUGCCAGCGUUCAUUGGCACCCUGAUUGCCGCCCUCAUAUGCGGACCGCUCAGCGACUGGAUGAUACUGCGGAUGGCCAGGAGCAACGGCGGGAUCUACGAGCCUGAGAUGCGGCUGUGGCUGAUCCUGGCCUUUACACCCUUCGUGGCCGCGGGCUUGCUGAUGUUUGGGAUCGGCCUCGACAGGGGUCUGCCGUGGCCUUUCGUUGCCGUUGGGCUUGGGGUGGGCUCGUUCGGGAUGACUCCGGCGAUGAGUCUCUCUCUAACCUACUUGACCGACGCAUACACCGAGAUCAUCUCAGACUCGCUUGUGGCCGUGACCUUUGUGAAGAACCUCUUUCCCACCAUCCUGGUCUUUGCAUUGACGCCAUGGAUCACAGCGGUGGGGCUGGGGAAUGUCUUCAUCACCGCCGCGGUGAUAUUCGUCUUCAUCCUGUUAGGCAACAUCAUCUUCAUCCGUUUUGGCAAGCGCUUCCGAAUGCGCUCGGCGGAGAAAUACCGUCUUUACGCUGGCCACUCUUUGGAAGCAGCUUAGGUCGUCUUUGGGGUUUGACACAAUAUGAUGAGGUAGCUAUUCUUGACGAUGGGUACGACCAUGGAUCUCAGUAUCAACUUUUGUGAUCAAUUAGGUAUCCGAGAAUAAAAAGUUCCAGUAUUCU